CGCCAUGGGGACGGGGCUGUUCCCGGGGAGGCUGUGAUGGGUUGACAGGUGCGUGACAGUGGGAGCUGCUCUCGGCACAAGCAUGUACGGCAAAGGCAAGAGUAACAGCAGCGCCGUCCCGUCCGACAGCCAGGCCCGGGAGAAGUUAGCACUCUACGUAUAUGAAUAUCUGCUCCAUGUAGGAGCUCAGAAAUCGGCCCAGACAUUUUUAUCAGAGAUAAGAUGGGAAAAAAACAUCACAUUGGGGGAACCACCAGGAUUCUUACAUUCUUGGUGGUGUGUAUUUUGGGAUCUCUACUGUGCAGCUCCAGAAAGACGGGAAACAUGUGAACAUUCAAGUGAAGCAAAAGCCUUCCAUGAUUACAGUGCUGCAGCAGCUCCCAGUCCAGUGCUAGGAAACAUUCCCCCAGGAGAUGGCAUGCCAGUAGGUCCUGUACCACCAGGGUUCUUUCAGCCUUUUAUGUCACCUCGGUACCCUGGAGGUCCAAGGCCCCCACUGAGGAUACCUAACCAGGCUCUUGGAGGUGUCCCAGGAAGUCAGCCAUUACUUCCCAGUGGAAUGGACCCAACUCGACAACAAGGACAUCCAAAUAUGGGUGGGCCAAUGCAGAGAAUGACGCCUCCAAGAGGAAUGGUGCCCUUAGGACCACAGAACUAUGGAGGUGCAAUGAGACCCCCACUGAAUGCUUUAGGUGGCCCUGGAAUGCCUGGAAUGAACAUGGGUCCUGGUGGUGGUAGACCUUGGCCAAACCCAACAAAUGCCAACUCAAUACCAUACUCCUCAGCAUCUCCUGGGAAUUAUGUAGGUCCUCCAGGAGGUGGAGGGCCACCAGGAACACCCAUCAUGCCUAGUCCAGCAGACUCAACCAACUCUGGAGACAACAUGUAUACUUUAAUGAAUGCAGUACCUCCUGGACCUAACAGGCCUAAUUUUCCAAUGGGCCCUGGGUCAGAUGGUCCCAUGGGUGGAUUAGGAGGAAUGGAGUCACAUCACAUGAAUGGCUCUUUAGGCUCAGGAGAUAUGGACAGUAUUUCCAAGAAUUCUCCCAAUAAUAUGAGCCUGAGUAAUCAGCCGGGCACUCCUAGGGAUGAUGGCGAAAUGGGGGGAAAUUUCUUAAAUCCUUUUCAGAGUGAGAGUCAAAGUCCCCAAAAGAGAAAUACUUGGAUGAUGGUUGAGAACCUGCACCACCUCCUGGAGGGUAGUGCAGCCUUGGAAGCCGGUCCACACUGGCUGCGCUGUUCUGUCUGCCAGUACUCCCCUAGCAUGACAAUGAGUGUGUGAUCCAUUACCAAGUCUCCUCAUGGAAACCACAGUGAGUCAGCCCUUCACAGAACUACUACGGAAGAAAAUUAUUCAUCACAGUGUACAGUUAAACAAAGGAAUCUCAGUCACACCAAACCAACCUUUUUAUUUCCUGCUCUCUCCCCUAUUUUGUGAAGAAAGCGGGUCCAAACGUGAUUCGAACAACUGUACAGAGCGGCAUAUUAGAAUUGCCCUCAACGGAACUGCAAAUGAUUAUCUGUGUAUGUAUAUGUGUGGGAAAGAGAAUGUAUUGUAUGUGUGUAUGUUAUAUGGACACAUGCACAUACAUACAUUGACCCACAGGACAUUGUAAAAUACUAUCACAUGACAUCUUAAGUAGAAAUAAGUAGGGACUUUUAUUCCAUCCUUUUUUUCACGUUUACAUUUUAAUUAUUAAAAGUUGCUCCUGCCCCUCCCUGAUCUAUUUUGUGCUGUGUAUAUCACUGCUUUAUAUAAGUUAUUUUUUAAGGUGAACUCAGAUGUUAUGGUUUUGUAAAUGUCUGCAAUCAUGGAUAGGAAUAAAAUCGCUUAUUUGAGAGCUUUCAUUAAAUUGCGUGUGAUGCAAGUUAUCCUGUGAAUCACAAAGUGUACUGUCUCAGAAAAGAAGUGUGUCUUCAUCUUUAUGUCAAAUCAAACAACUUCUCAGUAACCUUCAGUGAGUAUUUUUGUACUUUUUAUGUAGGAAAAGUGUUACUUCAAAUCAACAAAAGCUUAACUGGGGCCUAACACAGUAUAUUUCUGCAAUAACUGCUCUAGAUGGAAUUCUUGAUUUGUCUUAGAUGAUACAGAAAAUCAUUAAUUAGCCGUGAUUGCUUAGACCAUAGCAAUAAAGUGACAGGGGUCAUCAUAUUUUUAGCAACAUAUUUCCUCUUUAAUAUGAUAAAGCCCAGAAGUGGUAACACAGCUAUUUGCUUGAAUAUGUCACUUGUCACCAGGAAUGCUAGAGCUAAAUUUUUAAUAACAUACUAACGUGAAAUGUACCUCAUUUUUAUUCAGACUUGUGAAUAUCUCCACAUAGACACUGCAAAGGAGAUAGAUUCAAAUGAUUGAGACUUUCAGCACAAGGGGGAGGGAGUUUUUAAUCACACACCAGGGGCUCUGGAGUGCUGCUUCUCUACCCAGGUAUCUUAGUAGCAGCAAAACUGACUGUCCCUUCUUGCGGCCAGCAGAGCACCUGCUCUGUUCCCAGGAUAUAGGACUUACAGUAGAGCGAAAUUAUUGAUAUAACUAUAUUUCAUCUAGCCAUUGACUUCAGUAGGCUACAUCUGCUU